UGAGUGUUCUUCUUUUUUACUAUCGCUUUUGAUUUUGCCUCAAAACUAUCGCUAGAGCUGGAGCUGAGAUCGCUCCUCGCUCUUUUGAGGCUUUGCUCCUCACACUCCAUUGCUGUAGAAUGACUGUCCAGCUUUGUUCCCAAAUUUACCAUUUUGUUUGCUGCAGUACUUGAUCUUGUUGUCUUGUCCUUGUUUACUUGAGCCUUAAAGUUCUCAUACCUGGGCCUUGUGCCAGUCUUUACUUGUGCUAUGGUUUUUGUCGAUUUAGGUGCGGUUAUUUUCUUUUUGUUAUCCAUACAGUCAAUUUAUAUUUCAUUCAUCUUUCUCGCGCUCCAGCCUCCGUGGACCCUCAAAGUGGCACAAAUGUGGUGGCUUCCAUAGGAUGGCGGACACAUCGUGAGAGCUACGAGUCAGAUAUAGCACGGUUGACUACAAGCUAAACUCGACACCCUCUCCUCAUGCAGGAUUCCACCCCGCAAAAGUGGGCCCCCAUUCUGGGAAAAGAAUGUCUUGCCGCUGCAGCCUCCGCACUCGCCAAAGCCGAUUGAUCGAGGGCUCGCUAGUCCCUUGACCGCCCGUUUAGCCCAGGAAAGAGACCGAAGCAGCGUGUUGGUCCGUCAAAUCCGCAGAGAUGAUUUUCCUCAGCGUACCAGGCACCUCCACCAAGGUUACGGGUUUCCACACACGGCAAACAUGCGGGUAGGGGCACCACUCCCUACUUUUGUGAGUGAUUUCUACAAUUGGCAAUCUAGCGGUAUCAGUAUGAUACCCCAUAGGUAUCUCCCCCCCCCGCGUGAGUUUCAGCUCUUAUUACUCAGACGCUUGCAGGAUGGGGGGGGGGCAUCAAGGAUAGUAUCAAAUAUCACAAGGUCACGAAGAUCUUUGAUGUACGAAGAAAAGGGGAUGCCGACGAAUUUUAGGUGACGUUGUACCGUCACCGUCUCUUCUGUACCGACAUACGGGCGCGUUCUCACGUCGGCGACAAGCGGUGGCAGCACCUCACAGGCGCCCGCCUCUGGCUGUCGUGAGCAAAAAGGACUGACUAAAGUAGACGCUCAAUUCUGGAGGUUUGAAUGGGCAGUAUCGUAGUAUCUCACCUCAGGAGAAGCAGGGUGCCACACGCGAUGCUGGGGUAUCUGCCCGUCAGCCGACUCAACAAUUCCUCGCAGCAGUCCCGCUGCCAGAGGAACUAGUCGGAAGUGGAGGCGUAGUGAUCUGCGUCGCGGAAGGGUUUCUUUUCAAUUGAAAUUAGAGCCACUAUCUAUUAUAUGAGAAAGGUCAACAGACGUGGGAGUACAGUCCGGAGUACGCAUUGCGCUCUUAUACGUAUCUCUUGAUUCAUAUGGUUCCAGCAAUGUUUUAUCGCCACGUGCUGGAGCCAAAUCCUGUGCUUGUUUUUUAUUUCGUGAGAUGCUUGCUGUCUGUAGGAUGUGCUUUCUCCGAAGUUUACUUUUAUCAAAAUGUCUUCAAAGAAUUUGGAGUUCAUAUUGCCAGGCUGACAUACGCCUUUCUCAUCACUAGUUCUGGAAUGUUCAUCGCCAGUGCUGCAUAUUUACCGUCCUCCUUUUCAAUGUAUUUGAGCACAGUUGCAAUAGCCGCCUGGUACGGAAGAAAAUACGAAUUUGCAAUUUUUGCAACUGCAAUUUCAACACUUCUUGGCUGGCCCUUUGCAGUCCUUCUUGGUGUGCCAAUUGCACUGGACAUGUUAGUCAGAAAGGACUGGAUAAAAUUUAUAAAAUGGACUGUCUUGUCUGGCCUUGUAAUCCUUGUCCCCAUGGUCUGGAUCGACUCCAUGUACUACGGGAAACUAGUGAUUGCACCAUGGAAUCUCAUCGUCUAUAAUGUCUUUACUAGUCAUGGGCCUGAUCUCUAUGGGACCGAACCCAUUAGCUUCUACUUUAUCAACGGUUUUUUGAAUUUCAACUUUGUCUUCAUCGGGGCUUUACUUGCUCCAUUGGCAUUGUUAUUGAUUUGGGCAGUUGUCCCAGCAAGACCAAGACAUCGUUAUUGUUUACCUUACUGGGCAUCACUAGCUCCUCUCUACCUGUGGAUGGCAGUCAUGUUUAUCCAACCACACAAAGAGGAACGCUUCUUAUUCCCAAUUUACCCAAUGAUCUGUUUGGGAGGUGCAAUCACAGUAGAUUGCAUCCAGAAACUCUACUUCUUCAUCAGAACUAAAAUUAAACCAUUGACGAAUGUUUCCCACUACCUCCAAGGAACCUGUCACAUUACCAUCGGUGCAAUGGUUCUUUGUGGCCUCUUAGGACUCUCAAGGUCUUUUGCAUUAUUUAAGGGUUAUUACGCCCCAAUGGAAAUAAUGACUGAAGCGAACAAACUUGGAAUUGAACAUCAAAUACCCACGGACAUGCAUAUCAACUUUUGCAUUGGAAAAGAGUGGCACCGGUUUCCAGGGAGCUUCUUCUUUCCAUCUAACAACUGGCAACUGCAGUACUUAAAGUCCGAGUUCAAAGGACAACUUCCUCAGCCUUUUUCAGUUCUCCCAAUUGGCACAAGUGUCAUCCAACCUAACUUCAAUGAUAUGAAUAAAGAGGAGCCAUCUCGUUAUUUCGACAUUGAAAAAUGCCAUUUUAUUAUGGAUAUCGACACCGGUACUGAGACAAUACUGGAACCUAAUUACUCCAGGCAUACCGAUACUUUUGCAAUCGUCAAGUCAUCGGAUUUUCUAAUUUCAACAAAGUCUCAUCCAAUCUUCAGAGCCUUUUACGUUCCCUUCAUUUCCCCGGAAUACUGUAAAUUUGGUUCUUAUAAUCUUCUAAGAAGUACCAAACUCAAACUCUUUCCGCAAUCUUCAAAAGUCAAACCAGCUACAGACUUGUAAACUCCAGCAAUUAAUCAUGUGCAGUAAUCAACGACUGAUGCCAUCAUUAUUCACUUUAUGCAAUACGAGCGUACAAUAAAAACGUCAAUAUUUUUCCAUACAUUAAA